CCGUAACACCGCGCUCAGCAUGCAGCAGCAGCGACGAAUAUUUUAACAGUCGCGCAGCUCCACUUCCCAUGCGCAGUGCCACCGAAGGGUUCCUCUCUCGAACGCCACUCUUCCCGGUCGCCGCUCAUCUCGUCCCCUUCUUCCUCCGUAUCCCUCCGCUCUGGUAGAAGAGCAGGCGAAGGCAACGAGUAGCUUUGUUGUCUGUCAGAAGGAUGGAGCGGUAUGAGGUGCUGAGAGACCUUGGUUCUGGUAACUUCGGAGUGGCCAAGCUGGUUAGAGACGUGCUCACCAAUGAGCUCUUUGCUGUGAAGUUCCUUGAGAGGGGGCACAAGAUUGAUGAGCAUGUUCAGAGGGAGAUCAUGAAUCACAGAUCACUGAAGCAUCCAAAUAUAAUUCGAUUCAAAGAGGUCUUGUUAACGCCAACACAUCUAGCCAUUGUUAUGGAAUAUGCAGCUGGUGGUGAACUUUUCGAGAAGAUAUGCAAUGCAGGGAAAUUCACCGAAGACGAGGCUAGAUUUUUCUUUCAACAACUGAUCUCUGGAGUCAGCUAUUGCCAUUCCAUGCAAAUAUGUCACCGUGAUCUUAAACUAGAGAACACUCUCCUGGAUGAUAGCAGCGCACCUCGUCUUAAAAUUUGUGAUUUUGGUUACUCCAAGUCCUCUCUCUUGCAUUCUCAACCAAAAUCAACAGUUGGAACACCAGCUUACAUUGCCCCAGAGAUUCUAUCCAAACGAGAAUACGACGGAAAAAUUGCAGAUGUUUGGUCAUGUGGAGUGACUUUGUAUGUGAUGCUGGUUGGAGCUUAUCCCUUUGGGGAUCCCAGUGAUCCAAAGAACUUCAGGAAGACAAUUGUGAGGAUUCUCACUGUCCAGUACACGAUACCGGACCAUGUGCAAGUUUCCAUGGAAUGCAGGCAUCUUUUAUCCCGAAUAUUCGUACCAAAUCCUGAAGAGAGGAUAACUAUUCCAGAGAUAAAGAAGCACCCCUGGUUCAUGAUGAAUCUGCCGAUUGAGCUUGCUGAUGAACAUCAAAAGGGUAUGCAGAAUGUUGACACGAACAAUCGAUUGCAAAGCAUCGAAGAAAUCAUGGCCAUAAUUCAAGAGGCACGGAAGCCUGCCGCGGUUUCUCCUAUACUUGGCCUCUUUGUUGGUGGUGGAAGUCUAGAGCUGGAUGACUUGGAUGAAGAUAUGGAUGAUAUUGAAACCAGUGGAGAUUUUGUGUGCGCUAUAUGAGAGAGAGUGUGUAUUUUAUGCCCUCGGAGUAAUAUGUUGUGAUGUAUUUUUCAUGCUUGUAUUGUAAAAUCCUUAGUUUUCUUUAAGAGACAUAAAUGUUAAAAAAACAUCUAUGUAUUGGGGCUUGUUUUUCA